AUCUAUAGUGCGUGUACCAGGAUGAGGAAGUGGGACUUUCUCGAGCAAACUGUUUUCUUUUCUACUUCCCUUCCUCGAGUAUAACCAAUGCAUUCCUCUGAACUUUCAUUUUGUAACCAUGCACGCUUAUUGAGUGGAACAUGACGACUUGGAGCUGGUGUCAAAGCGCUUUCGGGGUGGUCCACCGAGUUGAGCCCCUGGUCGUGCUCGAGCAGCUGGGCACCUCUUUGUUCGAUACGGCCCUGCUCAUGGUGGUCAAGGACCGGUGUGCCAACGCCACUGAGGAUGACCAGCAAAGAACCAUGUCGGAUUUCUACAUGGUCUACAACCUCAUUGUUCAACUGAUGCCCAUUGUGCCGGCUCUCCUCCUCGCCAAAGUGGGGGACCGUGGUUGGAGGAGAGUCCCCAUCGUGGUCCCCCUGUGCGGGUAUCUGGUGUCGACAGUUGCGCUUCUGCAUGUGGUUCUGUUACGGCUGCCCAUCCAGGUGAUGUUUGCGGCAGCUGUUCUUCUUGGGACGUCCGGCGGGUUCUGCGCUUACUGGCCCGGUGUCAUGACGUUGGUGUCGCUGGGCUCCAAGGCGGAGAGUCGCUCCAAGGUGAUGAUGAGAGUGGAGCUAAUGUAUGGAGUAGCAGGCCUGCUGGGUAGUCUGCUGUCAGGUCAUGUUUUCCUUCUGCACAGUUCUAGCAUUGGGCAUGGCACCGUCCUCCUUUGCGUCUGCACGCUUCUCCACCUGCUGAGCCUCGUUCAGGCCAUAGUGCUGCUGCAGGUAAGGCAAGUAUCAAGUGAGCAAGAGGAGAGCAGCCCACUCCUCCCUCACUCCGACAAUGGUCCUCCAGAGAUGUUGACAAGGAAGAAUACGGUGAACGUGAUUCUGCUCUUCUCUGCUGCUAUCUUGUACGGCUCCUCAGUGGGCGGAGCCAUUGAGAUCCUGGGCAUCUUUGUGAUAAAAGAACCGCUCCAUUGGAAUGUUAACCAAGUGGGUUAUGGGAACGCAGCAGGCUUUGUGAUAUUCCUCACUAGUUUCCUGGGUGCACUUGCUUUUCGCCGCUACGUGAGCGACGUAACGCUCAUCCUGAUCGGCAUGAUCUCCUUCGCCACUGGAAUUUACUUCAUGUCCUUGGUGACCACUUCCUACAUGUUCUACCUCUCUCGUUCGCUCACCCUCUUUGCUCUUAUCCCGCUGCCCACAAUUAGGUCACUCCUCUCACAGCAGGUUUCAACACCAUUGUGUGGCAUCACUUUGACAGUCCUGCAGCUGGUGUUGAGGUUUGCCGCUCUGGCGUACAUCCCCGCCUUUACAAAACUCUACCAGAGAACACUGGGAUGGUUCCCAGGUUUCGUCUUCACCGUCUCCAGCAUACUGGCAGUUCUGGGAAUGUUUCCUAUCAGCGUCAUAGCAUGGAGGUGGUCUCAGCCAAUAAGCUCCGAAGAAACGACCGAGACGCGCCAUGAGGACGUGGAGGACUAAAGCAUGCUUCCACAGAAGAUAAAAAGUAAUGAACACUUCAGAAGGCGGUUGAUCUGGUGGUAAGCAGUCAUGGCGGACAUUUUAAAAACACUAACUGUUAAUACAAUUAAAAAAAAAGAAAAGCUUAACAAAUAAUUAUCAAAUCAAUUUAUUUUUAAUUUUGGUCCAAUAUAUCUCAAAAUAAUUUGAGGUAAAUAUUAUUGCAUCAAACAACAUCAAUAUACAGACUUUAUAUUUAUAGCUAAUUACAAGAUGUUCAAGUUUCCAGAAUUGACUGAACGUAAAAUGUAAACAUCAGGGAGCAAUAAACACAACAGACAUAAGUGUUUAACUUUUUAAAAGAAAUUAACAGAAAGUUGAAUAUAUUUUUGCUGUGAUGGAAAUAAUGCAAAAAUAUAUAUAUUAUUACAGGACAUUCAAAAAAGUAUUACAGAAUAUAUGUUGGCAGCUGUCAUCUUGUCCCCAUUUGGGCUUUCAACCUGAAAUAAAUGUUACCAAAAAAAAAAAUUACAAGAAUUAUUACUUUUGUCAAAUCAACAUUUCACUUCAAACUCAUUUUAGACGGGA